ACUUCCAAAUCAGCGUGUGACGUCACCCCAAACACAGUAUAAAGAGCUCGCGGGUACGUUUAGUUUACAACUCAACUCUACAUCCAAAGCGAGGCUGAAGUGAGUGACUAACACAUCAAUUGAAAAUGAAGCUGUCUGUCGCAGUCGCUGUCGUUGUGUUGGCUCUGGCCGUGCUCGUGGAAAGCGCCCCUCAGGAUGCCAGCCUGACCGAGCGCUUCGGUAAUUUCCAGAAGCAGGUGGAGACUCUGACUCGGGACCUGUCUGAGAAAACCAAGGCAACAAUGGAGGAAGUGCACAACAGCGAGUUCAGCGUGAACGCCAGGAAGUGGUUCAAAGAUACCUUUGAGACCUUGAAGAAGCAGAUGGAUGAAGCUUUUGCCAACAUUAAGCUCCAGUAAAGCCCCUGUUUUCUCCUCUCAUUAAAGCCCCUGUUUUCUCCUCCCAGUCUGGCCCCUCUGAAGUGGAUGAAUUGAUCAUUCCCGUUUCUGUCAACACGUCUGAUCCAACUCUUAUUUUGUUUAAGUUUGUUUUAAUGCAGAAAUGAGCUCCUGUCUUCUACUUGAAUAUAAUACUAAUAUUUCUACUAACAAUACGAAUAAAAGACAUUUGUUUUCAA